AUGAAGCAAGGAGCCCUGUACUUCGACCAACUACUUCUAGGACAAGACAUGCCACAAGGCAUCUACAGUGCCACUAUUAACCAGCUCAGAUUCGAGCACCUCGUCUGGGUGACGGGGGUCAUCCUCCACAGUUCCAUGCGAGACUUGAUCUCCCCCAUGAAAAUCGCCUGGGACCAUAUAGAAAUGGGCGACUUCAGUAUCCUACAGGCAGCAGAGGACCUCGGCUGGAAGGAGGGCUUAUAUCGGGCGGACUACGACCCGUGGGCCGCACAGAAUCACUUCAAUAUCGACGGUAGCGAGCGUACCACUACUGGUAUAUUUGCCAGCUUGACCAGAGGUGAUAAGGGACAUUCUGGGAAGGAGUUUUGGGAGAAGAUUGGAUUGAAGUCUCGUCUGGGCGAGCGAGGGACUGGCAAAGACAAACAAGCAAUUGUGUCCCUUCAUACGAGCCUGGGCGCCCGGAGCGAUUCGGGCGUACCAGAGUCGAACGCAUCCUCAUCCAUCUCGGUGGAAGAAGAGGACCCAAAACCGUUCAUGAAGCUCAUUAUGCCACUUGCGAGGCACCAGAGAUCAGCUCGAAGCACUACUGCCUGGGCAUGCUACAGAGGCUGGUUCAUCUCACCUAAAGACGGUGAACACGGGACUUGA